UUUAUUUUUAUUCGAAUUCGCGACGUAGCAUAGUCGGGAACAAGCCACCUCACAUACAGCACCGUGUUACAGCAUACGUACGUUCGUCGGCAUUUAGAUUUCACUAGGUCUAAUUUCUUGCUAAUUUGCAACAUUUUAAUAAAUUAUAUUUGCGCAAUCACAAACAGCGAUGGCCUUUCUAAAUAAGCUCACAGCCACGCCUCUGCGCCAAUUGGCAUCCCGCAGUUAUGGAGCACUUUCUCAUGUCUCACCAAAUGGACCCUCCUUUGGCAUUACCGAAGACCAGAAACAAAUGCAGGAGCUUACACGGAAAUUUGUGCGCGAGGAAAUUAUACCGGUGGCGGCUCAUCAUGACAAAACUGGCGAAUACCCAUGGGAUAUUAUCAAGAAGGCAUGGUCGUUGGGCUUGAUGAACAACCAUAUACCAGCCGAUAUCGGUGGUAUGGAUAUCGAUUGCUACACCAGUUGUCUGAUAGCCGAAGAAUUGGCAUACGGUUGCACCGGUAUCAUGACAGCCCUAGAAGCGAGUGGUUUGGGUCAAACACCAGUUAUCAUUGGUGGUAACCAAGAACAGAAGAAGAAAUAUUUAGGUCGCCUAUUGGAGGAGCCGAUAGUGGCCGCAUACGCGGUUACAGAGCCUGGUGCCGGUUCCGACGUUAAUGGCAUUCGAACGAAAGCUGAGCGCAAAGGCGACGAGUACAUUUUAAAUGGGCAGAAAAUGUGGAUCACAAACGGUGGUGUUGCCAAUUGGUACUUCGUGUUGGCGCGCACCAAUCCCGACCCGAAAGCCCCUGCCUCUAAAGCCUUUACCGGUUUCAUUGUCGACCGUGACACACCCGGCCUUACGCCUGGUCGUAAGGAACAAAAUAUGGGUCAACGCGCGUCUGACACACGCGGCAUCACAUUCGAAGAUGUGCGUGUGCCAAAGGAGAAUGUGUUGAUUGGUGAAGGUGCCGGUUUCAAAAUUGCCAUGGGUACUUUCGAUAAGACACGCCCACCAGUUGCUGCUGGCGCUGUCGGCUUGGCGCAACGUUGCUUAGACGAGGCACUGAAGUACUCAAUGGAACGUAAAACGUUCGGCGUGCCAAUCGCUUAUCAUCAAGCUGUACAAUUCAUGCUCGCCGACAUGGCGAUCGGAGUGGAAACAUCUCGCCUGGCCUACCGCUUGUCCGCAUGGGAAGUGGAUCAAGGCCGUCGCAACAGCUACUACGCUUCGAUAGCCAAGUGCCAUGCGGCAGAUAUGGCGAACAAGAUUGCCAGCGAUGCAGUACAGAUUUUCGGUGGCAACGGCUUCAACACCGAAUAUCCCGUCGAGAAAUUGAUGCGCGAUGCUAAAAUUUACCAAAUUUACGAAGGUACAUCGCAAAUUCAACGUCUGAUCAUCUCCAGAAAUAUGUUCGAGGAGGCCAAACAGUCGGCCAAAUAAGUUAGGAAAUAUAUUUAUUUAUAUAAAAUAUGUAAUGAAAGAUCUAAAUGAAAUUUAUGUAAGUUUUUUACGAACUGCUUGAUUGUUACAAGUAAUCAUAUGGAAUAAGAAAUAUACAAUUAAAAUAUAUAUGUAUGUAGGUCAAAAGAAAUAAAUUAUACAAUUAAACUUAA